UAAAAAUGAUGUUCUGACAGUUGACAGUUGCAGUGACAGGUGUCACAGUAGCAAAACAAUAAAAAUGGCGAAUAUUCCACUUCUGGGUAUAAAAUCACAUUCUCAAAAGGUUUGCUCCCUCUACAAACGGGCUUUGCGCAAUUUAGAGGCGUACUAUGAUAGACGCAAUGUAUACCGGUACCAAGCAGUUUUGCUGCGUGAAAGGUUCGACAGCCAUGCCAAGGAGACAGACAUGAGGAAGGCUGUGAAGCUCCUUGAGGCAGGAGAGCAGGAACUAUUCUCAGUCAUUCAUCCUAUUCCCAGAAACUUUGCAACAAGUCAGGGUGGUGUCGCCCAUGAGCGUGUGGUGACUCCCCCGGACUGGGUCAUUGACUACUGGCACCCUCUCGAGAAGGCCCACUACCCGGAGUACUUCAAGCGUCGAGAGCAGCGCAAGAAGGAGUUCAUUGCCAUGUGGGAGAAGGAAUACGGUCCCGCCGACAAGAAAGACGAGAAACAUUAAGCUGUUGUAUAGUUGUGUAAUAUAGUGAAUCAAUUAAUUUA